CACGAAUUAUAAGCUUCAUAAUGGUAAUCAAUGUAGCCAAAGCCGCUGCGAGAUUUCGGUUACCAAGCGAAACUUCUCGCCACGCAGCAACGAUCUUGGGUUUUCCCUCCAUCUCCUCCAUUGCCGCGGCAUAUUAUGACAGUGCAUGCCUCGACAUCGCUAGUCUAGCCUCCGCUAUAUCCGUGUUUGAGCCCGUCAGGCUAUUCGCAAGACCGGAAGAUAUCUCGAAAGCGCAAGCUCUCGUGGAACAGACUAACACCAAAUACCCCCACAACACGUCCAACAUAUCUAUCAUUCCGUUCCUGACCAAUCACCUCUGGGUUCGGGAUACUGGCCCAGUCUACGUUGAACUGCUUGAAAAAAGCCAGGAGAAGGGCCGUUUUGCGAUCAAUUUUCGCUUUAGCGAGUGGGGACGCAAAGACGCGAUCGGGGAUGACGACCGCGCCUGCGAUGGGCUCGAAUGGCCAGUCAUGCAACCUGCGCAGCUCGAAGAAAAUGCAACUUUUGCGAGGCGAGUCAUUGAGUUUGAUCAAUCACCUUCUCCAGUCACACUUGUUGAAUCCAAGGUCUGCCUAGAAGGGGGCGCGUUGGUCGCAGAUGGAGACGGGACGUUGUUGGCCACGGAGAGCAGCAUUCUCAACGACAAUCGAAACACUGGACUGUCACGUUCUGAAAUUGAAGAAGAAAUCUUUCGUUUACUAGGCGUUGAGAAGAUUGUCUGGUUUCCCGGCCGCAGAGGCCUUGACGUGACAGAUGUCCACGCUGAUGCCGAGGUCACUUUCAUUCGACCGGGUGUUGUGGUGCUUUCCUGCCCACACCCUAGUGCCCCGAGAGCAUGGAUUGAGGUCUUUGAGGAGAUUCUAACUAAACUACGGGAUACGACAGACGCAAAAGGACGGUCUUUUGAGGUUCACGUUGUCCAUGAGCCUGAUCCCAAGGUGUUUGGUAACUUGACAUAUGACGAACCAGCGACAAACUACGUCAAUUGUUAUUUUGUCAACGGGGGUCUGAUUCUUCCUCAAUUUGGAGACCUUCAACGGGAUCAGGAGGCAUUGACUCUCUUUCGGGCCUUGUGUCCAGAUCGAGUCGUGCAACCGGUGCAAGUAACUGGGCUGCCGCUAGCAGGGGGGGUCAUUCACUGCGCAACACAGCCAGUCCUUGCAAGUUGA